AACAAAAGACAUAGAACAAGAGAAAGCACGCGUAUUUCUCUUCGUCUUCACUUCACUGCCACUCAUCUUCACAUCUUCGUCCUCCCUAAUCGCCGGCGCCGUCCACGUCCACCUUCCCCGACCCCAUAGCCACCAUCGUCGUCCUCCAUAACAAUAGUCAACAAAAGAAAAAAUCCAGAUAGUAUACCCGCUUCUCCUCCCACUCUAGUGUGUGUAACUGCCGGCGACGCUUUCUCGCUCCUUCGCUUGUCUCACCGGUGACGGCGAAACUUUCUCCCUCUCUGAAACGCUCCGGCGACUGCACAGCGGCAACUAUAUUAGAAUCAGAAGAACCUGUAUCUCGCUUUGACAUUGAAGUUCUAUUCGUCAAAGCAAUAAAUACUUUCUGUUGCAGUUGUAUUUCUCCGGGUCUUCUUAGCUCUCUGUAACAGGGUUUAGGCUCAAUGUUCUAUCUCAGUAAGAUUGAGCAUAAGUUGACCUUGCCUCCUUAUCUUCUCGCCCUUCCCAUUCGAGAAGCCAUACUCUCGGAGCUUGAAAGGCUUUUCUUGGAUAAGGUUAUUGCAAAAUUGGGCCUUUGCAUAUCUGUUUAUGAUAUCAUAUCCAUUAAAGGAGGGUCUGUCUUCCCCGGUGAUGGUGCUCCAACCUACCUGGCGGUAUUUAAUUUGAUUAUGUUUCGUCCAUUUACGGGGGAGAUUAUUACUGCAAAACUACUUAGAUCUGAUGCUGAUGGCUUACGCUUAUCCCUUGGAUUCUUUGAUGACAUUUAUAUUCCUAAACAUCACAUGCCCGACCCAAGCCACUAUGUAUCAACAACUAGUACCAGUAAAACAGGCACAUGGUAUUGGGAUUACGGCGAAGAAUCAUUUGCUAUUGGUGAUUCUGAAGAGAUCAAAUUCGCAGUUCAAAGUGUGAGUUACCCACCUAUUCCAGUUGAGCAACCAAAAGACUCAAAGCCAUUUGCCCCAAUGGUGGUUAAUGGAUCAUUAAAUCAGGAUGGUCUGGGCCCUAUUUCUUGGUGGUAAUGAAUUCCUUCCCAGGUUUAUUCAUUUUCAAGAUUACAAUUAGAAGAGAUCAGUCCUUUGGAUCGAAGAAAAUUGGUCGUUAUUUAAUGGUUUGCUCAUGUCCCUGUGGACAACCAUGGAAUGCGAUUCGAUGAAUUUCAUUUUUCCGUUGCUUUGUAGAGUAUUUAGUUUAAUUGGAUUUUAAUUUUAAUGGGAACUCAUACAUGCUGGAUAGCUACUACCAUGUUGCAAGAAAGAUAGUUGGUACCCAUACUUAUGUUUUUCUUUCGAAGGAACACAUACUUUUAUUAUUUCGUGGAUGUAAUUAAUUACGUGUCAUACUUUAUUAGUUACUAGUACCAUUGACAAAAA